AUUAGAAGACAUAAUAACUGUGGACCAAGAAUAUAAUCAAUUAAGUCAGACAUUUCAAAAUAAUGUUAGUGCUUUAAAAGACUUGAUUCCAAUAAUUGGCCCCGGCGACCCUCUCGAAGAAUACUUUAAAGCUACUCAAAACCUGUCGUCUUGGAUGAUAACAACUUUUGAAAACUUCCCCGCGUUUCCAUCAAAAACAACCUCUCAAAUCGACUUCGACUCUAUAAACUCCGCUGACGUUUCACUAAGCGGUGUUGAAAAUAAAAUAUCGACAAGUAAACUGUCUGAAUAUAAUCAAUUAAGCGACCUCCUAACUAAAACGAACUCUAUUGUUGAUGCUUCUUCUAAUGAAGAACAUAAACAAUCCCUUGUAAAAAUUUCUUCUUCUAUAGAAACUUCUUGGAAUACUUUUAAUAAUUUGGUAAAUUUAGGUAAACUUAGAUUACAAGAGUUAAAUUGGGUGGUUGAAUUAAGAUCAAAAGUGGCUGAUGUGGAUGUUGAAGUUAAAAAAGUUGAAGCUAUGUUGGAUGGUGUUGAGGAAUCAAGAAAGAAGACCCACGAUGAUGGUAGUGUUAACCCUAGUCCUAUCAAUACUGGUAUUAUAAGUACUGGUUCGUCCAGUGAUAUCACUGUUACUGGUAUUGUUUUCUCCUCUUCUGUUUUGGAUGAAUGGUACACCAAGGUUGUCGCCGUGGAAGAGUUGGUUUUCGGUCUUGCUGCCAAAGUUAAAGAGAUUAAUCAACUUCUCCUACAUGAUCGUUUCAGAGCCCCUGAUGAUUUGACUGUUCAUAUUCAAAAUAUUAUCACUUCUAAGAUUUCUGACCUUAAAAAUAAGAUUUACUCUACAAAACAAAAACUUGGUCAUGAUCGUCGUAUAGGAAGGUGGUUUGAUGAUGCUAAUGAAAUUGAUAAAUCUAUUUCUGAUACUAAAAAUAAGGUUACAGAAUUGGAAGUUCCUGAUUUCGUUCAUAAACAUGAAUGGUCCGAAGAUGAUUUCAAUCUUGAAUCUUUUGUAAAUGGUCGAAGGGAAAUCUUCGAAUCUAUCUUGAAUGAAUCUAAUCAAUGUAAAUCAAAAAUCGAUGACCUUGAUAAGAAAGCUACCGAUAUAACCACUGCCAUUAAAGACUCUAUGGAUCGCGAAGAUCAAGCUACGGUCGAAUUAAUGACAAAACAACUUAAAAAUCUCAAUGGAAGACUCGUAAAAUUAUCGGAUUUUAUUACUCUCCUUUUAGAACAAACGACUACUGAUCGUUUUUCUGUCGUUAUAAAUCUUUUAACUUCCAUGCAAAGCAUGCGUAAUCAAAUGGCUCAAAUAAGAAAGACUAUUAUUGAACAUAACGAUGCUGGUUUGGUUCAUGGUGAUGUCAAGGAUCUGGAAUCUCAAAUAACCGAUUUCGAAUCUAAUUUAUUAACUGAUGAUUCUGCUCUUUCAAAAGCUUUAAAGCAUAAGCAUGCUAAACUUCUUCUUACUAUUCAAAAUAUUCGUAUUGCUUUGGCUGAAAAUAGGCUUCAAAUGGCUGCUUAUUUAAGUCCUUCAAGUCCUACCUCUCCUACUUCUGCUAGUUCCGAAUUUGAUCGUUUAAGUGUUAAAAUACAAGAUCAAUUGGAAGCUUUUCAUGCUCAACUUGUAUCUCCUCCUACUUAUAUGAUUGAUACUUCAAAUUCUGAAAAUGAUGAAACUCAACGUGAACCUCAACGUGUUCAUGGUUUAACUUGUACUGAUGAUCAUGUUGAUGAACUUACUGAACGUUAUAGUAAAAUUGAAUCUGAUUUAACUUCCUUUGAAAGAAGUUUGUGGGUUGAAUUUUGGUUAAAAAGUGAACCUGCUAAAAAAACUCGUGGAAGUGAAGUUAUUGAUCGCAUAAAUGAGUUGGAAGCCAAAUUUGCUUCAAUAAAAGAUUUAAUUGAAGAACGAAAACGUGAUCUGUUAAAUAUCAAAGAAGGAAGAGAAUUUGCAAGAAGUGCUCAUGAUAUUCGUAAUAAACUUGAUGAAGUUAAAGGGAAAAUGAGAAAGGGUGAUACAACUACUGAUGCCUCAAUUCAAGAAUUGGAUGCUCUUAUGGUUGAUACUAAUAAAAUGCUUAAUGAUCUUGAGUCCUCUUAUGCCCAUUUAAUAUCACCUGAAGCACAGGAUAUGAGUUACAGAGAGGCAUUUAAAAAUCAUAAAGAACAAUAUGUUCGUGUUAUAGCUUGGAUUGAAGAAGUUCGUAUUUGGUUUAAAGAAGCUGAACGCAUACGUAAAUGGAUUGAUGAACGUAUCAAUACUCUGGAAAAUGUUCCUCAAGUUGAUGUUUUCCAAGAAGGUGAAGCUUCUGCAACUCAACAACAAGUUGAUGAAUGGCAAAAAGAUUAUGAUGACCUAGAAAGAGUGGUUGAAAAAUUUGAUUCUGAAGAUAUGACUCGUUUAAGAGCUCACGUGAAAAAUAUAAUGGGAAAUGAAGUGGCUCCUUCGGACUCAAUGUCUCCUGCUGAUACGAUGACUAUUUCCAUUACUUUGCAAACAUUAACGAUUCUCGAUCAAUUAUUAGAAAUGUUAAAACGUCGUGAAAAUGAAUUAAUAGUAUUGGCUUUACGUGUAAAAUGGGAACGUGAGCAUGGUAAAGCAAUGAGUGUUAGGGAUAGAAUAACAGAUGAAAUUAAAGAAUUUAUCUUAAAUCGAGGCAGGUGGAAACCACCGAUUUCACCUAGAGAAGAUGGUUGGUUUAUUGAUGCAUCUCAACCUAAACAAAGUGAUGUUACAUUAGAAGCUCAAACACACUAUAAUAGCAUCGAUGACUUUGAAAAUAAUAUAAUUCCUCCGACGGGUGAAAUUUUUGAUGAAUUGGUUGAUUCAUCAAGUGUACCAGUCCCAGAACAUUUACUUGUGAGACAAGAAAAUCUUGAAGAAGAAGUUCUUAAAGAAUUAAAGGAUUAUUAUGAAUUUGCCAAAGACAUUCUAACACAACGAAAACAAGUUCUAGAUUAUUCUGAGACUGCGGAAAACACCCAUAUGAGAGGAAUCCGUUUAAAAGAUGAAUUGGUUGAAGAAGAAAAUCAUCCACGUGGUGGAUCAGUGGAAAAGGAUUAUAUUGCACGCGUUAAUGAACUCAACAAUCGAGUUGAAGCUUCUUGGAAUUCAAUGGCUGAGAAAAUUCUCUAUCCAGAACAUGAAAGUCAUGACGCAUCCGAAAAUGAUAUUGUUCGUGAAGGUGUCGCCGCCUACCAUAAGAAUUUACAAGGUUUACUCCAAGAAACAGAUGAAGCAUUAAAAAAUUAUCAACGUGCUUUAAGAUUUGUCAAAAUGGCCGAAGAAUAUAAAAAGGAAGCUGCUAAAUUGGAAAAAUGGAUUACCAAAAAAGAUGAUUUUGUCAACAAUCGUAAAUUUGACGUGUUUCAAGAGCCUUGUAAAUUCACUUCCAAAGAUGUAGAGGAUUAUGUUUCUGGAAAUGCUCAAAUCGUAAUGGAUGUUCAUAAUUUUGAUAAUGAUGAACUUAAAGUUCUUCAUGCAAAGGUUGCUGAUUUAGUUGCUGAAAUAAAAGCUGUCGGAACAAAAUGUGUCAAUACCGAAGAACUAAAUAAUAUGAUGUCCAACCUAGAUACAAAACUUAAUGUACUUCAAGAUGAUAUUCAACUCUUACGCCAACGUGAACCUGAUGAAGUAGAUGCUGCACAAAAACGACUCGUUUGGGAAGAUUCAUAUAAAGAAUUUCGUCCAUUUGUUGAUGCUUCUCUAAAAGAAUCAAAGGAUUUUAUUGCAUCCAAAGCAUCAUGGAAACUUAACACUCCUGAAGAUAAAUCUUCACGCGAGGAUCUUGAUCAGGAAUAUUCUACAUUCAAAGAAAAAGUUGAAACCCAUUUACAACCUUUUGAAACUGAUCAUAAGUCUAAAUAUGACGCAUUUAUUGAAGCUAGUGAAAAAUUAACUGAUAAAGACCGCAGGAGUAACAUUGAAAAACGUCAAUCUAAUCUUGAAAAUGAUGUAAAUAAACUUAAUGAACAUGUGUAUUAUACCCGUGAUCUCCUGGAUCAACGUGCUGCUGCUGUUGAGUAUAAUUUCGAAGCGACAGUUUUGGAUAAAGUUGCAAAUGAAAUUAAAAAUAAUUUGAUUGAAGCAGAGAAAAAUGUUUCAAAAGGUCCUAGUGAAAUUGAUUUUGAAACAAAUCUUAAAGACUUUAACCAAAACGUUAAAAAAUUAUGGGAAGAGCAUGGGUCAAAAAUUCCAUAUCCUACAAGUCCUAUAAUGAAUGAAGUAAAAGUUACUAAAAAUACAGUUAUUAAAGAAGCUUCUCAAAAACGACUUUCUUCUUUGGAGUCUAUGGGUGAAGAAUUAGACAAGUUAUAUGCGACUUAUCAAUCUUCUCUAGCACUUCAAGCACGUGCCAAUGAAUACCUAAAUGAUUCUUCACGCUUACAAGAUUGGAUAGCUGAACGAUUAAAAGACCUUAAUGACCGUAAAGUUGAUCCAUUAGCCGAAGAUUGUUUGUUUAAUGAAUCUCAAGUUCAAAAGAUGAAUGAGGAGCACGAAAAAUUCAAACAAGAAAAUGCCCGAGUCGAUAUCGAAGAA